AUGCAAACCUUUACGAAGAUACCGCUGGCUACUGUGUUAUGCGGGCUGCUCUUACUGCUGAUUACCUUGUGUUCUGCAAAUGACAACAACAGCAGCAAACCACGUGACAAGGUCAGGUUGUUUAAUCAAACAUUGUAAUAAAUAGCUGUAAUAUAUGAGAAGUGAAAGUCAGUCAAUGGUACCUGAACUAUUAACCUGAACGAAUUGAGUGAGGUAGAAUGAAUGAACGGUGAUUUUUUUAUGUAAGGAUGCUUGACUGACGUUGAUUGAUUGACUUAAUCGAAUGAUUAUGAAUUAAAACGGAAUGAAUUUUUGAAUUUUUCAUUUAGAGUAUUCCUCAACAGACAUCAUCUUAUGGUUCCUGUGGUCAUGGUGGGUGUUUCUGUGCACCAGGAAUUCCCGGCAUCCCAGGAAGCCCUGGACCCGCGGGACCAGCAGGUACCGCGGGGUCACCCGGCAAUCAUGGACCUGAAGGACCCAUGGGCCCACGAGGAAACAAAGGUGAUGAAGGAGCCCGUGGAAGACAGGGACUACCAGGCAGCAAAGGAGUUAAAGGACCUGCAGGCCCAGCAGGUCCACGUGGGGACAAAGGUGAAGCAGGUUCAGAUGGUUCUCCUGGAAACAAGGGUGAUACAGGUGCUCGUGGAAAGCAAGGUCCCCUUGGUCCCAAGGGACCUCAAGGACCCUCAGGUUCAGCUGGUUCCCCUGGAAACAAGGGUGAUACAGGUGCUCGUGGAAGUCAAGGUCCCUCAGGUCCCAAGGGUGAUCCAGGAACCUUUGGUCGUAAUUGGAAACAGUGCGUUUUUAAGCAUCUGGCCGAUGGCAGGGACUCUGGAUUGAUCAAGGUAACAAUUGCGUGGGUUUGAUGUUCUAGAUUAAAUGAAUAAAUAAAUAAAUGCGACAAAAAUUAAUAAUUACUGGUACCUUACGUCUCGCUAUGAGAUUAUUACGCCAUUUGGAGAGAAAAAAACGGAAUGCGAAUGACAUUACCAGUUACGACAAGUUUAUAAGAUAAACGUAUAUUUUUGGGUCUGAAGUUGAGUAAAAUCCACUAUGGCAACUAUAUACUUUGUUCCCAGGGUCUGUCACUAUGACGUUGAUAGAGCAAUCUUCGUAUGACCUUGAAAAAUGGUUUCGGUAAGUGAUCGUUACUUGUUUUAUCAGCCAAUGGAUGAAAUAUCAAAACAUGGCCUCUUCGUUGUCCCGCCAAAGAAAACCGUAAUAUGGAGAGGGAAUUGUUCAAUUGGUCAAUCGUGUUGCAGCAUUAACGUCAAAGAGAAGUAUCGGCUGAUUUCUAGAAAGUUCUCGGACAUGAAAUUUUUUCACCCGAGCGUUCGCUUAACCAACCAAAAGCCACGCGCGUUUGUAUCCCUUCGAUAAACCAAUCAAAUCCGUUCGUUUGUUGUUGCUGUUUUGUUUGCGCGUUUUCAUUUCAAGGUCAUACUAAUAACGCUCUAACAUCGCAGGUAAGGAAUCCACUGUUGAGGGUAAAAGUUUACAAAAGUAAAGUAACACAUGCAGCUAAAGCCAAGUGAAAAGUCUGAGGAGUUAAGUUUCAUUGUGAAAAUACGAGUGUGUUGAUUUCUUGGUGUUACAGUGAGUGAAAUUCACGGCGAAGUUUUCAAAUCCGUUUUCCUAGACGAUCAUGUCAUUGUUUAUCUCUGACGUUUAAUUUUGGUUCACCUCGUUUUGAUCUCUCCUCCUCUUUUAAUUCUAAAGGAGUGCAAUUUCAAGAAAACAUCAAACAUUACUGGGUUGCGUGUCUUUUGGAGUGGCAGUCUUCGUCUCGCUAGCUGCCAUCAUUGCUGCAGACGAUGGUAUUUCACUUUCAAUGGUGCAGAAUGUUCAACACCAGCUCCCAUUGACGGACUGGUAUACAUGAGAUAUGGAAGUGGCUGGAGAAAGGAUUUACAACGUGUGCGUCACAUCGAAGGAGUCUGUGAGAAAAUCCACAAGGGCACUGUUCGCGUGGGCUUCUGGGUCGGUAAUUGUGCUGGUUUCGGAUCUGCUGAUGCUCAGACAGGCUGGAACUCAGUGUCCAGGUUGUACGUGGAAGAAGUACCUCCCCCACGGGCUUAAUAACAGCAGAACCAUAGUUUUUAUUUCGGUAUCAAAGAUAACCAUGAAAAGAGUGAUGUUCUGAGAGUGAUUUCAAUAAAUAAAAGGGCUUUAAAAACAAUAAAUGGCUUGUAAUCUGAAUCUACUGAACUAACCCGUUAUUUUCUUCCCGAUUCUUUGGUUUAUCUUUUAGGUUAUUUUCAUGUGCUUAUAUUUUACAAUUAAGUAACAGAAGUCAACAUCAAAUUCAGAACGACUAGUGUAUCUUAAUCAGCUGAUGGUGCUACAACAGGGGCAUCCAAUGCAACUAGCGAAUGUUUUAGAAGCCUGUUUGGUAAAUUUAGAGGUGCCCCAAAUACUAUUCAUCUGUUCGUAUGUCUUAGGCGCACUUUCGUCUUCUCGAAAGUUUUAGGUGGCCUUUUCGUCUCAUCUGAAACCGUUAGCUACCCUGAUGGGUCCGGUCGCGAGUUUGAGGACAUGGAGUAGUCGUAUCUAACAUGAGAUUGUAAGGAACUUUUUGACUUUUACCGAAUUUUCAAGAGACCUUUGUUAACUAUAAUCGCGCGCAAUAUCUUGCUAAUAAAAUGUGGAAAACACAACCUCCCAAAUUAAAAAAAAAAUGGCAUAAAACCGAAUAUCUCUGAGGAAGGUAACUUUUAUCCUGAACAUUUUAACCAUUCUCGGCAUCAUUUUCUCUUCCGAGGCCUUAUUUAAAGAAAAAAAUUCGUUGGGUACCCCUGACAAGAACUCAUUUUGAAAGUGCGACCGUGGGACUGUCGUUGGAAAAUGCAUCUGAAUGUUACACGUAAAGAGCUAAAACUGAGCUCGUAUGAAGGAUAAGGUUACGGAAAUAAGACCGCGAUGUUAUAAUGGUGAAAUUUUAGAACAGAAAAGGGGCGCUUUCCAUUCAACAAAAAUUCCGGUUUGAAAUUUCGGAAACUUCACGUGCUCAAUGGAACGGUACAUUCCGGUUGCACAGACCCAACCCAAGCCACCGCGCGUUUUGUUAUUGACCACUCCAGAAAAUACCAUAACAUACCAUAAUACUCUUUGUUUGUCACCCCAAAAUUUUGCAUAAGCAUUGUUUUCAGUUUCUCUUGGGGCCUUUUCAACUCCCAAGAGAAACUGAAGACAAUGCUUAUGCAAAAUUUUGGGAUGACAAACAAAGAGUAUUAUGGUAUGUUAUGGUAUUUUCUGGAGUGGUCAAUUGUGGCUUCUCAGCACACUCAUAAUUACGUUCUAAAAGGGAAAAGUAAAUACUGUUUACAUCCUAAAGAACAGUCGACUGUCGAAAAGGGGCGGUGGAAAACUAAAGGCGGAGGAAUACUAUUUCGUGUAGAAAGCCUAUGAAUGCAAGUGAAGGGAAAAAAUUCGUGUGAAUUGAAGCGAUACGUUUCUCAGAAUAUUCGAACGAUUCGAAGCAAUUCCUGGAACUGUAUGGUAAAUAAAUUCGGUGUUUUAGCCAAUUUGUAUUCAGCCAGGCUUUGUUGUAUUCAUUUCAGCUUAAGUGAUAAAUUGCUUUAGUUAAAUAUCGUCGACAAGUUUCAGACAACGCUGAUUCUCACGGACUUUUAUACAACUGUAGCUUGAUUUCACACAUUUUUUUCACCUACGUGUCGUGUUGCGUCAGUUAUUUGACACGGUUAAUGGCAAAUAUCAAAAAUCGAAAAAAAUUGCAACUGAUUCAAACUAUUUGAGAUGUCAUGCUUUACUCACAGCACUUCACUUUCCAUUGGAAACUACUUGGUCUUGUAAGCAGGAUAGAAAAGAGCGGUACUGGGGACAACAGUUUUGGCAAAUGGAAAGGGACAUUUCGGUCCGACCGACCGAAAUGACCAGACCAGUCACAGUGGACCACAUUCAAAGCUGGUCCCGAAUAUUCCGGUCGGACCAAACCAAAAUGGUUCGUUCCAUUUGAUGUACCAACCGAAAUUACCGGAAUAUUGGGUUGAAUGGAAAGCGCCCAAGGUCUUCAGUUUCACGCGAAAAUUUUAGUCACACCCACCGCGCCGCGGAUGCCAAACUUUUACCCAAGAAAUCAAAUUGUUGUUUAGCAAUAAACAUUGUAAUUGCUUCUUUUGCCCGUUGCAAACCUGUUUCGUGCUGAAUUUGGCAAAAGUUUGGCUUUUUUAUGUGGAAAAAGGCCAAUUCAGGACCAAUUUGAAACAAACUGGUAACUUUCUUUAACCUAUUAUGCAAAAUAUUGGACUCUUACGGAUGUGCUGCCACAAUAGUUGAUUCUUUAGGUAACGUUAUUCCUCGUUUGUCGGGGGAAAAAGAAAAGUGUUUGACCAGAGAUCAAAACGGUUCACUUAUUGAAGAAAUAUUGGAUCGCGGUUACUUUAAUUUGCCCACCGUAAAAGCUACAAUUUAGCAUCUGCAACACUGGAGCAAAACAGGGAUGUAGAAGGCAGUUUUGGGUCUUUUUGGCUAAGGUGAAAACUUCCUAUUUGCUAGACAGAAAACGGCUUGGCUAGCAUCAAAAGACGUAUUUUAGCAAAGUUACCAAUUGCAAAUGGUUAAAAAUAAUAGUAAAAAUAAUGCUGAUGACGAUGACGUCGAUGACGAUGAUAAUAACAAUCGAAAAAGGAGAAGCUUAUCAUUAAGUUCCGUAGUCCAGUUUAUUGCUGAAUAUACGGGUAAUUUGGAAGGUGAACACUGCCUUGGAUUUCGUUCAAUAUUUUGAACUCAAUAAUGAUGGUCAGUUAACAAAUACAUUUGUAUCAUGGUCUUUAGCCGUUAAACUGGGAAUGCACUUUUCCAGAAAGUUUCCAUGACCACCCAUUAGGCCAUAAAGAUUAUACCUGAAAAGUUAUACAUCAGGCCUCAGUUGUUCAAAAGUUGGAUAACGCUAUCCACCGAAUAAAUCACUAUCCCACCAAUAAGUGUUAGGGAAACCAAUUGUGCUAUCCAGUGGAUAGCGUUAUCGCCUUUUGAACAACUGGGGCCUAUACUUUUAGUAGUGUUACAAAGACUAUUGAGGAAGAGAAUGGACCAUAAGAACAAGUUUAAAAAUAAAGCCAGGGUGAUUAAAUAUGUUCUCCAAGUGUUAAAAUGUAGUAAAGAAUUCCUCUCAUUCUCAUUACCUCAUGAAGGCAAUAUUAUGAGGAACAUACAAAGGGUUAAAAUUGGUUAUAAUUACAAAAGUUGUUCAAUACUAUUCUACAUCUGCUGCUAAGGAAUAGAUAGAUAUAUAAAUUAUGAUAAAUACACAAAUCAUGCCAAUAUGCUUCUUGCUCCAUACUUGUUGCAUUGCCACAGCUUCAAAUGAUGAAGUUAUUUCUUCUUUUUGCCACCUCCCUUCUUCUUGGGUGGCUUAUUUUUACCUCUCAUUGCUGCAGGCUUCAUUACGUUUAGUGGUUUGGACUGCUUGCCAACUGCUACCUGAGUAAGCUCUUGCUCUAUCUUAACUUUAACAGUUACUUCCGAAAAAGGAACAGAAAUUAAUGUUUAAUGAGUGUCUUUAUAUCUGAUAAAGACACGACUAAACUUUUCGUCCGAUUUCUUAAGCCAAAAUAACCCUAAAUCUAAAUAUUAGUACAAGAAUGAGUUGAUCUGUAUCAGUUUUUGAAACCGUUCGAAAAACUCGCAGUCGUGUAUUAUCAGGUUGAAAAAUUCUUGGCUUCGCCUCGAGUUUUUAAACCUGAUAAUACACUCCUGCUCGUUUUUUAAACAGUUCACAUCAAAUUAUGAAACAUUAAAAGUUGAAGUGAGAGCGGUCUUUCCAAAUAUUGAUUUUUUCCUCUCAUACAGUUGUAGCUGGAUCAAAAAAUAGCAUAUUUUCUUAAAUAAAUAGAACUGUGCUCAUUAACAUCGCCACCCGGGUGGAAUGUGAAUAUGAAGAGGAGGUUAACUGCUCCCCACAAAAUGAGGCUGACCCGAAGGGUGAGGGGGAAAUACAGUAAGGUGUGUGUUAUUACCUUGAUUACAGCUCUCGUGCUAUCGCUGUUAUUUCCUCUACGUAGGUUAUUAAAAGCCCACUAUAAGUUUGCAGUUAUUCUGGAUAGAUACAUUAGCACGUAAAUGAUAAAAGUAAUAGCAGCCCCUCCACUCCUCAUAGCGGGGAAAUCCGAAUGUCACCAAAAAAAACAUUUGAUUUCAUUGUGAAAUGAUGCCAGACCAAGAGAAAGGAUUUCCUCCAAUGCCUUACAUUUUAAACGUCAGAUUUUUUUAGUUACAAAUCCCUAAUAAGUAUUAGGAAAACCAACUAUGUCAUGCACUGAAUAGAGACUUAUCCAGUAGAUAACGUUAUCCCUCUUUUGUAACAACUGGGGCCUGAACCUUUCAAGAUUACAUACCGCCGAAAGUACAAUUCCAUCAAGAACGUCUUUUAACCGAAGCAUUUGGUGUUAUUGCGCACUCAUACAUUGGUUUUCGAUUGAAAACGUUAUUGUAGGAUGUCUAAAGAGCAAAAAAAUAAUUGUAUUCUUUCUUUAUGAUAAGUCUGGCGGCAUGGGGGCAGGGGGGUCUAAAAGGACUGGUCAUGAGGGCAGCUGAAGGGAACAUUAUUUUUAUUUAGAUAAAGAGCAAUCAGGGGACACCUUUUGACCAAUUGUUAUCUAUAAACCUGUUUGAUGGAUUCGAGAUAAAUAAACAGCACUUUAGUUGCAGUGAGUGUUUCAACUAGCUGGAGUUCUAGCAAUUGAAUUGUAAAAGCAGUCAGCAGCCUCUACCUAUUGUUUUAAUUCGACUGGUCCAGGAUGAUACUGUGAGAUUAAGAGCAAGAUUUACAUAGCAACAGUACUUAUCUCCGAAGAAGAAAGCUGUUUCGUUUAAUUUGAAAAGUAGAGCUGAAUAUCUGUUGAUCCAGAAAGAUAGAUUUCCGGGGAGGGAAUUGUCGUAUCUCAAAAAAACCGUGCCCGUACGUUGGAAGAUUGGAAUUAAGCCUCUCAACUGGGUGUGGCUCCAGCUUGAUUUGACCACUGACUCGUUCCCAACGUCUCUUAUUAUUCUGUAAGCGGUCAAGGAACGGUUGCGGGAGACCAUUAGACACUGGUGCGAAGGGGACGAUGGGAAGGUGAAAGGGGAAAUGAAGUCUCUUUCCUCCUUCCCAUCAUCCCCCGCACUUCCCUUUACCGCGCUUCUCUCGUUAAUAUUAAUAGGAGACUGAGAGACAACUGGGGACGAGUCAGGAUUUGACCCCAAAACUCCAACACAAUGACGGCAUUUGCUACUUUUACUUAGCUUAAUCUUUAUGCACAACCCAACGCAAUUUAUUAUGGGUUAAGAACAAUCGCUUUCCUUUCUGAACACCCUAAGUCAGACCAAAAUCUGAAAUUUCUACUGCUAAAAGUGACGACGAGGAUCACCGUCAUUUUUAUAUGGGAAUCAGGCAUAAAAACAAUUACUGAAAAAUUACAUCGAUUCGAGAUUCAUUCUGUCUUGGAACUUUCGCGCAGCGGCUUUAUUAGGCUGUCGCCUCGCAUCCUCGCGUCUUCGCGACGCUGUUCGUUAGCAAUACAGUGGACUCCCGAUAACUCGAGCCUUCAAGGCAAAUCGAAAAAAGUUCGAGCUAUCGGGAAUUCGAGUUAUCGGGAGCUCGAAGAAAAUAACCGGGAGUAAGGAAAAGAACAGUUUCUACGGCACAGUGACCAUUUUAAUCACAUUUAAUAAGAAGAAAUGUCAAGUGAAAAUUAAAAGAUUCUUCUUGAUUAUAAAUCAGAAUGUAACGUAAUAAAUAGCUUAAUUAGAGAAUGAGUUUUACUGUUUUGAGAAGUAAAGCUGUUUCACGUUAGAUUUGUGACAAACAACAUCAGCCUCCACUAGUAAACUAUAAUAUGCCUACAACACGUCAAUGGGAAAUUCAAAAUUCAAUGUUUCGGACGCCAGAAGACUUUUUUCCCUGACUUUUUGAGGUUUUAAGGGCUCAAAACAUGGUUAGAGUUAUCGAGGGUAAAAUUGCAUAGAAACGAUCUGAGGGGAAACAAAAACUACUUCGAGUUAGUGGGAGAUUCGAGUUUCCGAGGGUAAAAUUACAGUAAGUGUAUGUCGAAAAUCCAGGGGGAAUCGAUUUUGGUUCGAGAUAGCGGGAGGUUCGAGUUAUCGGGACUGGGCGUGAGGAGCGCGACUGAGUUCGGCAAGGCAGUAGCUGACUACGUUUGAAACACGCUCCAAGCCGUGGAAUGCGUAAGUGUACGAUCGCCAGGAAAUACGAGUUGAACCAAAAUUAAGGGAAAUCAGUUUUUUUUACCUAAUUUACUACCGUACAUAAUUAAACACCUAAGGUUCAUUUUCGUUUCUAGUAGCUUCCAGUCUCGACUCCUUUGACAUUUUCUCAGUGAUCACAAGUAUUGAUCACACAAUCAAUACAGUUGAGCUAACUGUCAGCGCAGUUUCUUUGUAAUUAUAAAUCAUUAAAAAUUUCACUGUUAAUAUUAUGAUGGAACUACAUUUUUUACAAAUCAUUGCGCUCAGACUCAUGCUUGUAUCAGACGUUUAAGAGUUACACGGAUUUUUUUAAAAUGGAGGAACUGGAUAUCAGUUUCGGUUAAUGGUCAAUAGAGUAGGGUCCUAUAUUAUGACGAAGCUCAAGAUUUCAAUUGAAUUUUUCAAAUUGAAACUACAGUCUUGUUUUGAGCACUGGACCAGACUCUUGUCGGCUAACAGAGGUCCACGCUUUAGUCAAAGAUAGAAGCAGACAUCCUGUAGGCAAGAGAAAUAUUUCCGCCAAGACAGUUUCAUUUUUCUAGUAGUCGAAAGGUUCUAUUUAUUAUGCAACGUAUUGCCUACAGUGUAUGUUACUAGAAUGCAAAUUUUACAUCAGUACCUCAAAGUAAACAAGCAACACGCUCAAUUUUCAAACAAACAGACCAUGACAAUGAUUUCCGCAUCCGAUUUUUUGAGUAAAUGUUUUAGUAAAAUGCGAAAACUUUUUGUACAAAGCCGGGCUCAACUACCUUGCGACUCAUUCAUGCUAUGCCUUGUAUCCGUGACUAUCUCAGAAGAUGAUAUUUUUAAAACUUAGUAAAGAGCAAGACUGAACACAGCAUCGCGUUUUGCGGAAUUUUUUUUAGACGGCUUUAAGUGGACAAAUCGCCAUGUUUACGUUGAGAAUGCUAUAGACACACUAAAGCACUCGCGACAGGCAGAGACGACAAUUUAUUGCACAAGUAUACUGGCUGGUCUAAAGUUUAACAAAGGGUCCUGUUUGAAAUCAUUAAUAUCUUUUUUAAGUUACUUGAACUUGUAUUUCGCGCUAACAGAAAACAAAGUUGCGGUAACUGAGGAGUGAAUGCGUAGAAAAACGCAUUUCACUAGCGUCAGUUAAAGAAAACACAUAUUGACCAAUCCAAAUAUACUAUGUACAAUCCAGUUCAGGCGUAAUCGUAAAACUUGGACUUCUCUUAGAAUGGCAUUCUUCUUUAUAUAAUAAAGCUUCUAUCAAGAGAACAGAAAUUGAACAAAGAAAAAUUCCCACAUCACCCUCCCCACCCGUUACACCACCUUUGCUUCUCACCGCCCCACCCUCCCUUCCCUAGCUUAGUUGAAAUCACUCUUCUGGAGCCUCUCUUUUUUUGCAAAACGUGGUCUGACGGGAAAAUUAUCAUACAUGCAAAGAAAACAAAAUAGAAAUUGCUUUACAGUGGAAUCCCGAUUUUUCCAACAACCUUACAUGGGAAAGCAAAUUUGUUCGAAUUAUCGGGACGUUUAAAGAUCGGGGUAAAAUUACAGUGUUUGGCUGGAGAAGGGAAGUUAAGUUUCCUUCAAAAUAUCGGGAACUUCAAAACACCGAGAGUUCGAGAAAUUGAGGCUCUACUGUACUUUACCGAUCGCUCUGAACAACAAUAAAGCGAGAUGGCUUAAAGAAUCCUUGUCUCGCUCAACAAGAAGCUGCAUGUACAGGUCACAGAAUUUCUUGUCGUCUCUUUGUCAAGGGCUCACGGUUAACCCAUAAAUUGCAGUGUCCAGUCCUAGAAGACGAAACCUUGAUAAAUGGAUCACUGGAAGGUAUGAUUUAUCAUGUUUAUCAUGUUAAAACGUCGACGGAGGCUAAAACGUCGGCUCUGUUCUAGUUUUACUACACAUUUCUCAAUGCGAUCGCAUAGAAACCGCAUUCGCAUCAGUAGCUGAUUUCUUUCAAUGUCAUUUCGAUUUUACAUAAUAUUAUAUUUAAACUUCGGAAGGAAAAAAUGUAUAAUUUCGUAGCGUUCUCUAUUUCAAACGUAUGAAGUUGACCAUGUGUCCAAGCAAAGAUAAAAUAGAAAGAAAAUGAAAGUGUCACUAAAAAGUUAAGAAUUAUUAAAUAUAGCCCAGUUUUCAAAACUCGACGUAUACCGACAGAGAAAUUCUGAUCGGGACGACAACUUGAAGUGAUCGCCGAAUACAAAACGAGCCACGCGUCAUAAAAUCUAUACAUUUUCGCAGUCUUUUUUCCUCAGUUUUUACUCCAGCCAUCAUCCCAAUACAUAUGCGUUCUCAACUAAGAAAAGGUUACGUCGCCAAGUAAGACGAAAAAUGAACGGGUCAGAAACUGAAGAAAUAUUGAAAGAAAAAUAGUCAAAUAAAAAGGACAGAAAAUAUCUCAUCGAGCACAAAAAAUCUUCGUGAGAGAUGGGUUGUUACAGAGAGAUUUCAGGUUAUGUGUGACCUUUGAGGUAGAUCUUGAGUGAAAGCGAACAUGUAAUAGGAUUUAGAAGUCCCACGACUUUCGAAUCUUUCAUUUCGUUUAGAUAUAGUUAUGAAAGGUGUUUUCACUCAAUAAUUUUCGCCUCAAACCAAUUGUGAAAUUUAUGACGUCAUUGCAAAUUGAGAAAGAUAUUCCGUUUAAUAAUCUCCUGAAGAUUUCUUCCUCGGUUCGUGAAGAGACCACGAGAGGGCAGUAUCAAUGUUAGUGAAGAAACUAAAUAAAUACAAAAACAGGGACUCCAGUUUUCUUCUCUUUUUUCCAAGUCCGAGGUAAUAGAUCGAGGUAAUAGGUUACCUUUUAUGUAUGCUGUGGCUCGCAGUAAAAGCGUGAUGCCAUUUCAUUGGAUGAAUCACUGAAUGACAAAACAAACACUAUAGCCAAUAGCAGUACUCGUUGGAACAUAGGUACAAUGUCCUCUUAACUUGUUCCUGCGAGCAUAGAAUGAUGAUUCAUGAAUAUCACAAAAUAGUGGGAAGAACGAAGACAAGACAAGAAUUAAGGCUUAAAAAUAACAAUAGAGUAGGUCUGUAUAUUUUUACUUAACCGCGGAUUCUUUAAAAGAUACGUUACGUAUUCAUAGUAAUCACAAUUUUCCUAUUUCCCUAUUUCCCUUACUCUGCAGUCCUUUGAUUUGUCCACUGAGGCAACUGCGGUGCAACUGGAAAUCUUAGAGGUAAGUUGUAUGCCUCAUAAUAAAUUAAACCGUGUCUGUGUGAGGUUUUGAAAAACAUCUCCGUCGACUUUUUUAGAAAAUGUUUUAGAAAUGAACUCGUCAAAAGGCGAAUAUUAUAAGAAUGGUCAAUUCUUCUAAACUGAUUAAUCGUCCCAAAAUUAAGCGUCUUGCAGUCUGAUAAUAAUUUAGCCUCUCGUUGUAUUAGCUUAACUCUCUAGAGUGAAUUCAGGUAAAAAUUCUUAACUUGAACAGUGCUGCGCACUUUACACUUUUCGGAUUUUUCAAAUUAAUGAUUUAAAGCUUGCUACCGUGUGUUAAUCAUUCAACAUAUAUAUGAUGUUCAGUCUAUCAAAAAAGGGUUGCAGUAGUUCUUUUUGAGUUGUGCCAAAAAUCUAAAAAGAAUUCUUCAGAACUGACUGAGCUAAUUCAAGGGGUCAAAAGUGUCAGAGUUAAGAUUUAAAAAAAGAGAGAAAGAAACAAGGAUAUCUUUCGGGAAUUUCACUAUCUGUGCCAGUUAAAACCCCCUCAACACAAGAACCUGUUUAGCCUAAAAUUUAAAACAGGUUCUUAUUUUAAAAUGUUUUUAAAAAAAUUUUAACGCUGGGAAAAUAAAAAAGUCAACAUUCAGGAUCCCGUUUGGAGACAUAGGUGAUUUAUCAAUCCAACUGGAAUGUAUUGGUAUGCCGGUGAUUUCAUAAGGGAUAAGCUGAACACAACUAAAUACUCUUAGCUACAAUGUAUUUUUUCAUUGCCAAAUGAAAUCAGCCUAAAUUUCAUAUGUGCUAAUUUCCAUUUAUGUAAGAACCUGUUUUGGCUAAUUUGGGAAAAUGCAGCUUCUUAGUCGCGAUUUUUACUGAAUAGCCUCUAAAGCGUCUUCAGAACAGUUACACUGAUAAAUAUUUUGAAUGGCAAAUCUGUCGCAUGCAAAACAGUCUUCCAAACAUUACAUUUGCUGAUAAUAAGAAUGAUUGUCUUCACAUUUCGUCAAAUUAUCACGUCAGUGCCCUCAGUUCAAACUUGGUUUAACUUGUAUCACAAAGGAAGUUUACAUAGUUCUCAUAAAUCAUUGGCCGGUUUUCAGAAUAACUGCUUCACAUCAUGGAGCCUUCCAACUCGUUUUAACUUGCAACUUAAAUAAAACCAAAGCAGUACAUGACCCCUUUCAAUUCGUCAAUUAAGACCGACUGAUUUACAUGUAACCAAUAAGAAUACGUCCAGUAACUUACAUUUAACAAUCUUUCAAUCUUGUCCAAAACACGUUUUUACGUAAACUUGGUCAAAAUAGGGCAUAAAAACCUUCGUACUGUCGAAAACAUUAUCAUUCGUCUUGGGAUCACUACAGUCAUUCAUACCAGCAAGGUAGGACUUGAGUCAAUGUUUCUAACAAUCUUUCACAUCAAACUAAUAUACUCAGUUUAAUUAAACGAUAGCUUGGAGUUCUUCUCACGUGGUUUUAAUUUGAACUGUGUCUUUUCACGAAAUAUUUAAAUGUAAGGCUUACUGCUACUAAUUUUGUUUAGUUGCGCUUAAAUCUUAAACAAACGCUUCAGCGAAAUGUCCAAAAGUUUUAAGCGUCCGUGUAAGUCCGAUAUAUAAUUGCAAGGACAUGGUAAUGUUUUCAAGUAAUGCUAAAAGCUGACCUGAAAUUGAUGAAUGAAACCUGAUGAAACUGAUAUUUUUGCUCCAAAACAAAUAGUAACUUCGCCACAGAUCAUCAAUUCGCGUUGCUUGUUAUCUGCAUUUUGAAUUUUUUUUUUUUUUAGCAAAUCAUUGAAACCGAUGCCUUUUUAAAGAUAUUCGGCCAUAAUUUUGAGCGUACUCCUGUUUUCACAGAUUUCCCCCUGGGUUUCCUCAUCAUGCAAACCUUUAUGAAGAUACCGCUGGCUACUGUGUUAUGUGGGCUGCUCUUACUGCUGAUUACCUUGUGUUCUGCAAAUGACAACAACAGCAGCAAACCACGUGACAAGGUGAGUUUGUUUAAUCAAACAUUGUAAUAUUUAACAAUUAAUGAAUGAGGCUGAGUAUCUUAUGAAGAAUUAUGGAGAUCGAGGAGGGUGUUAUCCGUCGAGGCCGUAGAGAAUAUUUGCGGAGCUGGACAAACCUAAACGUGCACUAUCGAAGAGGAACUUAACAUCGAUGGAUCGAUGGAGGUUAGCAUGUUUUAGCCAUGUUAUGAAACUAGGAAUUAUUUUGAAUAAAUAAUAAAACAAUUAUUAAAUUCGGCUUUCGUAUCAUAUGAAAAAUUAUGGAGAUCUCGCGUACGGCCUCGACGGAUAACACCCUCCUCGAUCUCCAUAAUUCUUCAUAAGAUACUCAGCCUCAUUCAUUAAUUAUUAAUUAAUGUAUGAGAAGUGAAAGUCAGUCAGUGGUACCUGAACUAUUAACCUGAAAGAACUUAGUGAGGUUGAAUGAAUGAACGGUGAUUUUUUAUUUAAGGAUGCUUGACUGAGGUUAAUUGAUUGACUUAAUCAAUUGAUCAUGAAUUUAUAACGGAAUGAAUUUUUAAAUUUUUCAUUUAGAGUAUUCCACAACAGACUUCACCUUAUGGUUCGUGUGGUCAUGGUGGGUGUUUCUGUGCAGCAGGAAUUCCAGGCAUCCCAGGAAGCCCUGGACCCGCAGGACCAGCAGGUGUCGCGGGAUCACCCGGCAAUCAUGGACCCAUGGGCCCACGAGGAAACAAAGGUGAUGAAGGAGCUCGUGGAAGACCGGGAGCACCAGGCGUCAAAGGAGUUAAAGGACCUGCAGGCCCGGCAGGUGCACGUGGGGACAAAGGUGAAGCAGGUUCAGCUGGUUCCCCUGGAAACAAGGGUGAUACAGGUGCUCGUGGAAAGCAAGGUCCCCCUGGCCCCAAGGGACCUCAAGGACCCUCAGGUGCAGCUGGUACCCCUGGAAACAAGGGUGAUACAGGUGCUCGUGGAAGUCAAGGUCCUCCAGGUCCAAAGGGUGAUCCAGAAUCGUUUGGUCGAAAUUGGAAACACUGCGUUUUUAAGAAGGACGAUGGAAGGGACUCCGGAUUGAUAAAGGUAACAACUGAGUUGGUCGUUGUAGAUUAUAUAAGUCAAUCCGAAGCAAAUUAAUAAGUCUGGUUAUGACCGAUUUAAAAACUCUUUAACACUUCACAAAGAAAAAAGAAAAGAAAUUUUAAAUGUUUAAUGAGAGUCUUUAUAUCUGAUAAAGACAUGGCUAAACUUUGUAAACGUCAAAUUUUUUUAGACCAAAAUAACCCCAAAUCUAAAUAUUAGUACAAGAGUGAGCUGAUCCACAUCAGUGAUUUUGAAGUCGUUCAAAAAACUCGCAGUCGUGUAUUUUCAGGGUUAAAAACUCCAGGCGAGUCAUUUGAGAAAAGAAAAAUGCGUGUUUCGGAACUUGUGCGAGCUAUCCAUGGAAUAAUACAAAAUGCAGGGAAAAGGUCCAAUUUAUGUUUAAGAUAUAUGUAGUAGUUAAUUUUUUAUCUCAGGUAAUUUUCAUUUUUCCUUUGUUUCAACUUCAUUAGCAUACAUUACCAUAACCAAAAACAAAAGAAAAACAAAAAUUACCUGAGAUAAAAAAAUUAACUACAACAUAUACGUACGUUUUUUGCAGGUUCGUAGCGCCCUUUACGCAAAUACAAACGUGCAUACUUGAGAAAUUGCUAGGAUUUUUUUUAAAGAUUUUCUGUUAUAAGUACUCCUGGUAAAAGCUAUAUGUAGCUUCGUCUGACUUAAGUUUGUUUUGUGCAGAUUUGUUCCUGUCUGUCUUGCUGUUAUUCCGCAUCGUUUUUACCGGUAAAAAAAAGAGCAGUUUGAGUAGUGGAAUGUGAUAAAUUCGAGCGAGACAUUCUUGAAAUGUUUACCUUCAGGCGAUCCCACAAUACAUUGCGUACUCAUGAAAAACGGAAAAGAAUUUCUGUUCACCUCGCUGAUUUUUCUUCCUUUGUUGAUUUUUAAGGAGUGCAUUUUUAAGAAAGCAUCAGACACUACUGGGUUGCGUGUCUUCUGGAGUGGCACUCUUCGUCUCUACAACUGCCAUCAUUGCUGCAGGCGAUGGUAUUUCACUUUCAACGGUGCUGAGUGUUCAACACCAGGUGCCAUUGACGGUGUAGUCUACAUGGUACAUGGAAGUGGUGCGAAAAAGGACUUACACCGUGUACGUCACAUAGAAGGAGUCUGUGAGAAAAUCCACAAGGGUACUGUUCGCGUGGGAUUCUGGGUCGGCAAUUGUGCUGGUUUCGGAUCUGCUGAUGCUUACACAGGCUGGAACUCAGUAUCCCGGAUAUACGUGGAGGAAGUACCUCCCCCGCAGGCUUAAUAACAGCUGAGCCACAGUUUUUGUUUCACUUUCAAAGAU